AUGGGCACCGACCCCGGCCUGCGGGAGCCUCUGGUCAGGAAGAGCAGCUCCUCGUACCGAACCUUCUCCUCCAGCACUGUCAGGAGGCUGGACAAGGAAUAUCUGCGGAGCCUCCACAACAAGCGGCUCUACUUGGCUGCCUUCACCGCUGUCCUGGGGAACUUCAGUUUUGGCUUCGCCCUGGUUUACCCCUCCCCUGUCAUCCCUGUCCUGGAGGCUCACCCCAACCCUGCACUGAGGCUGGACCAGCACACAGCAUCCUGGUUUGGGUCGGUGUUCACGCUGGGGGCGGCAGCCGGGGGGCUCAGCGCCAUGGUCCUCAACGACCGCCUGGGCCGCAAGCUGAGCAUCAUGUUCUCUGCCCUGCCCUCCGCCCUGGGGUACGCGCUGAUGGCGGGUGCCCAGGGCUUCGGGAUGCUGCUGCUGGGCCGCGUGCUGACGGGGUACGCUGGGGGCGUGACGGCUGCAUCCAUCCCGGUCUACAUCUCAGAGAUCUCCCACCCUGGGGUCAGAGGCAUGCUGGGUGCUUGUCCACAGAUCAUGGCAGUGCUGGGAUCCCUCAUCCUGUAUGCUCUGGGGCUGGCCCUGGACUGGCGCUGGCUGGCGGUGGCAGGGGAGGUGCCCGUCCUGGCCAUGAUCAUCCUGCUCUGCUUCAUGCCCAACUCACCCCGGUUCCUGCUGUCCCAAGGGAAGGAUGACGAGGCCCUGAGGUCACUGUGCUGGCUGCGGGGCAAGGACACUGACUAUGCCAGGGAGUAUGAGCAGAUGAAGGACAGCGUGAGGAAGCAGAGCCAACGGGUUUCCUGUGCAGAGAUCAAGGACCCCUUCAUUUACAAGCCCCUCCUGAUUGCAGUGGGUAUGAGGUUCCUGCAGCAGCUCUCUGGUGUCACCUGUGUCCUCGUGUACCUGCAGCCAAUCUUCAAGAAAACAGCUGUCAUCCUGAAACCAGAGUACGACGCAGCUCUUGUUGGUUUGGUGCGUCUGUUCUCGGUGGUGGUCGCUGCCCUGUCCAUGGAUAAGGCUGGGAGGAAGAUCCUUCUCUUUAUAUCAACUGGUGUCAUGUUGGUCUCCAACCUGACCAUGGGGCUCUAUAUCCACUUCGUGCCAGCUUCUCAGAAUGGCACCAUUGCCAACAAGACCAUGGUGAGCCCAACCAGCUUCCUGCAACCUGCUGAGCCGACCAACUACAUCACCCUCAUCCCCCUCCUGGCAACCAUGUUCUUCAUAAUGGGUUAUGCCAUGGGCUGGGGCCCCAUCACUUGGUUGCUGAUGUCAGAGAUCCUCCCUCUGAAAGCCCGUGGGGUGGCCUCGGGCCUCUGCGUAGUGGUGAGCUGGCUGACAGCCUUCACCCUGACCCAGUUCUUCCUCCAAGUCGUGAAAGCCUUUGGCCUCGAGGUGCCCUUCCUAUUCUUCACGGUCAUCUGUGCUGGGAACAUCUUGUUCACAGGCUGCUGUGUUCCAGAAACUAAAGGCAGGUCCCUGGAACAAAUUGAGGCCUUCUUCAGAACUGGCCGGAGGUCAUUCAUGAGGUAG